UUUGGGGGAAAAAUACUUUUUUCAUUCCCUGUCGUUAAGUACGGCUCAACUGCCACAUGCACACAACUUAUUCAGGGAAAAAUAAACAAAAAGAAAAAGAAAGAAAAACGGAAGCCUUAUCCUCUGGCACACACACCACCUCCUCGCUCUCAGUCACACCCUCUCGCCGUACCGCGCACCGCCCGCGCACGGCGCACACCAUGGCCGCUGCUUCAGCAUCACUGCUCCACCUCGCCACCCCGAUUGGCUCCCUACGCCUCAGCCUCCGCCUCCGCCGCCACCCCACCGCCCGGCCGGUAGCGUCUCGCCUGGCGCCGCCGCGGGCGUACAAGGUGACGAUCGAGCACGGCGGCGAGUCCCGCGUGGUGGAGGUGGAGGGGGACGAGACCAUCCUGUCCCGCGCGCUGGACGAGGGCCUGGACGUGCCGCACGACUGCAAGCUCGGCGUGUGCAUGACGUGCCCGGCGCGCCUGGUCUCCGGCGAGGUGGACCAGAGCGACGGCAUGCUCAGCGACGACGUGGUGGCGCAGGGGUACGCGCUGCUCUGCGCCGCCUACCCGCGCUCCGACUGCACCAUCCGCGUCAUCCCCGAGGACGAGCUGCUCCAGGUCCAGCUCGCCACCGCCGACGACUGACGCCCCGCCGGCGGCGAGCGGACCGACCGGGCAACGGCCUCCGGCAGUGUGUAAUAAUGGUCCUGAGACUUGUACACCUAUCUUGAUCUUGAUUAGUUCUAGUGACAUAAACUUUUUUCGAGAGUGACUAUUGGGAUGAUGCCUCUUUGCCAAAUUUCUUGUGUCAGUUCUGUGCGAGAAGCAGAUUUUUUGGUGGAAAUGGGAAGACCGACAAUUUCGCUAA